GCACUAGAAGCAUUGAACAAAAGAGAUAUUGGUGAAAUAAAAAGUUACGCCAAGCCACCUGUCCUUGUUGAAAUAGUUUUAGAAGCUGUUAUGAUACUAAGAGCAUCUGAACCAUCAUGGGCAGAAGCAAAACGGCAAUUAGGAAGUCCUUCAUUUCUAAAAGAACUUUUGGAAUAUGACAAAGAUAAUAUACCAGAUACUGCGUUACAUAAAGUAGGAAGAUAUCUGAAAAAACCUGAAUUCCAGCCAAGUAUUGUAGGAAAGGUAUCCAUUGCAGCUAAAUCUUUGUGCAUAUGGGUUCAGUCUAUGCAUUUAUAUGGAGAAAUAUAUAAAAAAGUGAAACCUAAAAAGGAAAGACUUCGAAUUGCUCAGGAAGAAUUGGACAGACUUCAGAAAACUUUAGCUAGUUUAUUGAAAGAGCUGGAAGAACUUGAAGCAGCAAUUAAACGCUUAGAACAAGAGCAUGAGUUACUGCUACAGAAAAAAGGAGAAUAUGCUAGAACUGCAAAAAUCCUUGCAUUGAAAUUAGAAAGGGCUGAAAGUAUUAUCGAAGGCUUAAAUUCUGAAAAGGAAAGGUGGAUGAUUAAAGUUUCUGAUUUGAAAGCAAAAAGGGUUUAUGUUGUUGGAGACAGUUUCCUAGCUGCUGGAUUUUUAUCUUAUCUUGGCCCAUAUGAUCAAUCUUGCAGAUUACAAGCUUCUAUUUUCUGGAAGAAAAAACUCACAGACAAAAAGCUUUCUUUUAGUCCAUCGUUUGAUUUGGCAGAUUUCUUUGUGGAUGAGGAAAUUAAAACGGAAUGGAAUACACAUGGAUUACCUAGUGAUCAGUAUUCUUAUGAAGGGGCAGCAAUUGUUACAGAAAGUUUCUAUUGCCCCUUUCUUGUUGAUCCAGAAGGCCAAGCUGUUAAAUGGAUAAGAAAUCUAGAAGCAAAUAGGAAACUCAGAUGUAUAGAUUUUCAAGAUUCAAAGUGGAUAAGUGCUGUAGAAGCAUCUAUUAAACAAGGAUUUCCUAUCUUGCUCCAGAACAUGAAUCCAGAUCUUGAUCCACUCUUGAGACCACUUUUGAAACAGUCGGAUGAUGUAUCACUUAUUUCUUUUAAUGAUAAAGAGUGGGAAAAGAAUCCUAACUUUAAGCUGUACAUGUCGACAAAACUGAUGAACCCUCGGUUUCCCUGCACUGUUAUCAAUCAUAUUUGUAUUGUCAAUUUUACUAUAAAGGAGAAAGACCACUGUGUCAAAACUGCACCAUGGAAAGGAAUACUUGACAAGUUUCUCUGGAAAAAACAAAUUAUAAUGAAACCAAACAAUUCUGUUCAAGUUUAGUAUGUGGAACUAAAAACAAUUUUAUUAAUUAUAUUAAUUGUGUAAAUCUUCAUAAACGUCACCAAUUAAGUAUGUUAUAGGUUUCUAAAAUUUUAAAUUAUGCUAAUUGAAUGCAUUAUUAAAAACAAAAUAAUGAUGUAAGUCAUUACAAACUGUAU